UCGAGGACGAUGUUAAUAAUCUGACUCAUCAUUUCCUCUUCACUCCUUACCACCAUGGCCUCCAGAAGUUGGCUCCAAGGGAAGACCGUCAAGAAGGGCGGUGCAGUAGGAUCCAAUGGACACACUCGGCCAACGACGCCCCAAGUACAGAGCACUUCAACGACAAUAUUUGGCGGAGGCGUCAAGGACCCGUCGGGAAGAACAGCCGAAUAUUUUUCAAUGGACGAUCAAUGUCCUGUUUGCAAGAGCGACCGGUACUUAAAUCCCAAACUCCGUUUACUCGUCAGUUCUUGCUACCAUAAAAUGUGUGAAUCCUGUAUAGACCGGCUGUUCACGCUAGGUCCUGCACCUUGUCCAAUUUGCAACACCGUCCUUCGAAAACUUGCAUUCACCCCACAAACAUUUGAAGACCUAGGCGUCGAGAAGGAAGUCGCCAUUCGUAGGCGGAUCGCCAAAGAGUUCAAUAAGAGGAGGGAAGACUUUAACGAUCUCAGGUCCUUCAAUGAUUACCUUGAGCAAGUGGAGGAUAUAGCGUUCAAUCUUAUCAACGACAUCGACGUCCCCGAGACCGAAAAACGCAUUGCCGUAUACAAGGCCGCCAACGCGGCUCUGAUCACCCUCAACCUCCAACGAGAAGAAGCAUAUGCUCUUGCCUUGAAAGAACAAGAAGAAUUCGAGAGGCACGAACGUGAACAACGCGCAGCCGAACUUCUCAGGGAAGAAGAGACAGAACGUGCGGAAAAAGAGAAAGAGAGGCAAGAGAUCAUCGACAAACUCGAGACCAGCGAGAAGGAUGCUGCCAAACUCAUCGCUAAAUCUCGAGCAAACACCCUCAAACGUUCGUCGAACCGUGUUUCUUCUAUGUCGAGAUUGGGUCUUGGAGUUGACUACGCGAAAAUGCUGAAAACGCGCUCAAAAACUGCCAGCACUGUGCUGGACGUGCCUCAUGUUCCUUUCCAGGACAACUGGUAUUCAUUCGAGGACAUGUAUGUCCUGAAACCAGGUGGAUAUGACGAUUUGUACAGUGAGACGGUGAGGAAAGAUAGAGAAGGAAUAAUGCGUGGUGGAGGAUAUCGUGUCGAGGAGGCCUGGGAGCGAGCGCUUAGGUUCGCCGUUGCUGGAUUAGAUCUUCUGCCUUUAGAAGGCUUAGAUCCUACUUCUGAGGGAAUACAAAUCGAGCCCUCACUUGUAGGUGGUGAUAUUGUUUUGGCGUCAUGAAACGAAGUAAAAUAUCUGUAUAGUAAGUAGCUCGAUAGUCAUUUAGCGAGUCAUUUAGCAUAGGACAAUUAGUCAUCGUGUAUAUGAAUUAUCCUUAUCUACCGCUUCAAAUAUAAUAUUGU